CAGAAAAAGUAUAAUCAGGAAUUAUUUAAAAUGCAUAAUUAAAUAGCAUUUCUUAUUUGAAGAAUAAGUGCAGAUUAUGUGAUGUGAUCAUAUCCGGUAAUUUAAAUUGUGUAUCAUGGGCAAAGAAGUAAAGAAACGCGCGAAGGAAACUAUUAAAAUAAACAAUAGUGAAGACAAAGAAUCUGAUAAAACAACGAAUGAACGAGACGAAUUGAAUGAAAGGCUUAGAAGGCUGGAAGAACUCCAGAUUGCAAGAAACAACAGUCACAGUGAUGUGGUUAAAUUUACAUUUUUCUUUGUAAUGGGUAUUGCAUUGACCAUCCUAGUUUAUCCAAAGAUUUCCUCUACUUUUAACACAGACAACAGUGCCAUCGUUACAACUAAAGAUGAUGCUAGCGAGCGCUUACUGGAAAACGUUGAGAAGAAGCUGGUUACAAUUGAUAAUUUGAAGAAAGACAAACAGACAGUACCUAAUGAUAAUGUUGGACUAACUUUACGAGAAAAUGAUACGGGUUUUAAAGAUGAAAGCUUAGUAGUCGUUGCAAAAACCCUUAAUAAAACAACGGAUUCAUCAAAACAAAGACAUGAUAAUUCCAUCAACAGUGUUGAACAAACCAGCAAGGCCACAUUCGAAGAAAGACAAACAGACAAACCAGACACAAAUGAAAACGACAUUGUGAAAAAUAAAGAAACAUACGAUAAGAACGUUCGAGAACGUCCAGAAGAUCUGAUGAUUGGUGAAGAAGAUGAGACGAUUACUGUAGAUGAACAUGAGCCCAACGAGAAUAAACAAGAUGUCAAAGAAGUGAUAAAAGAAUUGCCAAUGAAUCUGAAAAUAAAUGACGAUGGAAACGUGGUGGGAGAAAGAGUACAACUCUUCCCUGCACAUAUAGAAGAUGAUAUCGAUGACGCUCGUGUUACGAAAGAUGCACCAGUUAAGAACACGAAAAAUAAACCAGUCCAUUCAGCAGCUAAUAAGAGUAUUCAUACUAAAAAGACCAAGAAGGCGAAAACGGGUAUGAACAAAGUCACAACUAACGACAAUAAACUAACUGCAAACAAACAAAAUGUUCCAGAGGAAGUAAAGAAUUUCAAAGCAACUUACCAGAAAGAAAUCGCUCCAAAGAAGAUAUUUGCAGACGGAAGGAGGAUUCCAGCGAUGGAAUUAUUGCCACAGAAACCAAAUAACAGCAGUGUAAAAGUGUGGUUAUAUGAAGAAUUUCUGUCGGAGGAAGAAUGUGACGGUUUGAUGCGCGUACACAACAAGCACAUUACGGAACAGACAGCAGACGAUCCACUCCUCUGCUUUGAUUCCAUAUCAACGCUUAGGAAACACCUGAAACAUCAUGGGAUACGAACCCCGGUUUCACCGAGGGACUUCACAGAAGGGACCACGUGUGUCAACGCCAGUUUCUCUAGUCAGCUGAAAGACUGGUUUAAAGGCAACUGGAGCUAUAGCACGGCCUUCUACCCGGGUGAGAGCCGGUUUGCCUCCAUUUUUGAACAACGGGUCCUUCAAGCUACGGGCCUGGAACCAGCCAAUGGUGGGAAAUUUCAGAUUACGUCAUAUCCUGAGGGGAUCGGUUACAAGUCCCACACAGACUGUACGGAGGGGCUUACAGACCAGCGGGACAGGAUCGCGACCAUCCUCGUGUACCUGGACACUGUAGAAGAAGGCGGGGAAACAGAUUUUACAGAACUGGGUAUCUGGGCUCGGCCGCGGAAAGGCAGGGCUCUCCUCUGGAAUAACAUGGAUCCCGAUGGAAAGUGUGAGCCCCUGUCCGUACAUAAAGCCAACAAGGUGCUAAAAGGGCAUAAAUACAUCCUUCAGCGAUGGUACUACUACAAGAGUUUCUACUCGCUGGGUAAGCGCCCGCCGGAGCCCCCUCUCCCUGCCCGACAGCCGGGCCAGUCCCGGGUCUCCUGUGAUGAGUACGAACACGGCAGCUGCCGCUGGUAUGACGAGUGGAACUUUGAACAUCUCAUCGAGUAUGAGCGCCAGAAAUACACGCUCGUCUAAUACUGUGUACCGAGGACCCGCCUUUUAAACGCGAAUAUAAUUUGGUGGACGAACAAUUGGCAAUGAUUAGUUUUCAGACACACACGUUCAUUGCAAUAAACCCUAUAGUUUUUGUU